AUGGAGGACGGCAAUCGCGUGCAGGAGACGACUGGCUCGAUGUCGUCGGAGCCAAACGCCAGACGCUCGACUUUGUACCAAAUUUAUUCGAAUUCUUGGUUCCAGAUUCUGUUGAUUAGUUUUAUUUGUUUUUGCUGUCCUGGAAUGUACAAUGCCCUCUCAGGACUAGGAGGAUCUGGGCAAGUCAACCAGGCUGUUGCUGCAAAUGCCCAGGUGGCUCUGCUUUCUGCGACUGCUGGUACAGCGCUGUUUGUUGUUGGUCCAAUCUUCAAUCGCGUCGGCCCUCGCGUCUGUCUUCUCAUCGGCGGCUGGACUUAUCCCUUGUAUUCCGGCAGUCUGCUCUGCUUCAACUCUACUAAUAAUGGCGCCUUCGUCAUCGCCGCCGGUGCAAUCCUCGGUAUCGGCGCAUCCUUCCUGUGGGUUGCGCAAGGAGCCAUCAUGACGACCUACGUCCCUGAAUCCCAAAAGGGUCGCGCUAUCGCAGUCUUCUGGAUUAUUUUCAACCUUGGCGGCGGCGUCGGUUCACUCGCUAGUUUCGGUCUCAACUAUAACUCUACCAGCGGCACUGUCUCGAACGGAACAUACAUCGCCCUGCUCAUAUUGAUGGCAAUCGGCUGGCUACUGGGCGUAUUUGUUUGCCCACCCGCUGCGGUACGCGUUAAGCAGCUCGAGGCGACUCCCGAAGAAGAGAAGAACUGGAAACAGACCCUGCUCGUUUCAGUGCGUGCUAUCGCCGACUGGCGUGUGUUGUGCAUGGUGCCCCUUUUCUUCUCUGCGAAUGUCUUCUACUCAUAUCAGCAGAAUGUCGUCAACGGAAUGACCUUUAACAUCCGUUCUCGUUCGCUAAAUGGCGCCCUCUACUGGAUUGCGCAGAUGCUGGGAGGCCUGAUCAUCGGUCUCAUCCUUGAUCUUCCUGGUUUCAGCCGUCCCACACGUGCGCGUAUUGCUUGGGUCUUCCUCUUUGUUACUGGCAUGGCAACAUGGGGUGGUGGUCUGGCUUUCCAGAAAUGGUUUGAUGAGCGUACAGCGCGGGGUCUGAAGCAGGAUAUCGAUUAUACCGAUGGGUCUAACUCGGUCGGUCCGAUUUUCUUGUAUAUCUUCUACGGCGCGUACGAUGCCUUCUGGCAAUCCUUCUGCUACUGGUUGAUGGGUGCUCGGUCUAACUCUCCGGCUGUUACUGCUGUUUUGGUGGGCGCUUAUAAGACUUUCCAGAGCGCCGGUGGUGCCAUGGCGUGGCGCAUCAAUGCGAUGGGUAAGCCGGCUAUGACGCAAUUUGCCAUGGAUUGGGGUCUCUGUAUGGGAUCACUGGUUAUUGCCAUCCCCACUGUACUUGCAGUGACUUUGACCAGUGAGUCGGAUGAUGAUAUUAAUGCGCAUCGCAUGUCGAGCGAUGAUGAGAAGCCCCAGGCCCAAUUGAAAGAAUAA